AUGAUUAAAAACCUAAAGAGCUUAUCACAAGUGACAUCAUUUCCACUAUCUCAUGAUGUAAGAGGUGGAAUAUUUGACGAAAAAACAGCGAACUAUUAUUGUAAGCGAUAUUUACGGUUACGAAUGCUGGAAUUGAAUGUCUUUAGUUUCGAAUUGGCAAAAAAAUUUUGUUUUGAAAUCGCAGAUUUUCAUUAUUUAUUUUGUCAGUUACCACAACAUCGUGUACAAGAUGGAGUCCACUGGGAUGCUCAAGCGCAUCGAUUAGUUACAAAUCAUUUAUUUCACGUCAUUUCUUGUAUUAAAGUUCGCGAGAGUAAUACCUUGAAUGAAAUAAUCAAUAAAUAUAGUUUCAAUUUUACAACUAUAAAAUCCCAGUUAAUUGUCAACAGCAGAACAUCAUUAUCAACUAUUCAUCAUCCAAAAAAAAACUUGACUUUAUUAAAACUAUUAGUAUUAACAAAUGAACCAUACAAUCAAAUACAAUAUAUUGAAACGCCGAUUAAUUCAACAUUAACGAUAUCGUCCGGGUGGAAUACGCAGAUUAUUUCAACUAAUUUGGAACACAAUCAAACAGCAACCACUCAACAAACUCACACGAGUCGUACACUAUUAGUGACGAAACCAAAUUCAUAUAUAUUAAACGAAGAUGACGAUUUAGAUGAUGAACUAGAGGAUGGAGGAGGAAAACGUGUCAAACGAGCUUUCACUUGCAAAACUGAUGGAUAUUUUCCUGAUUACAACAACUGUCGAAUCUACCACAUGUGCAAUGCUGGCAUAGACACAGCAGUUGUGUGUGGAGAAGGAACAGCUUGGGAUCCAGAGAAGAAAAAUUGUGGCUGGACCGAUACUGUUGAAUGUAGGAAUGGUGUAAGAAAAUGGGAAAAAAUUACUGAUAUACGAGGAAUGACAUUGUUUUCGACUGAUCCAGCGCGUGCAUGGCGAAAUAAAAAAAAAUCAACGACAAGGCGAAUAGCAUUAAAAGUUGAUAGUAAUUAUACAUGUGAAUAUGAUAGUGAAGGCUACUAUCCCGAUCCCAAAUAUUGUCAUGUUUAUCAUUAUUGUGCUGUGGGUGUACAUAUGCCAAUAGCCUGUGGUGAGGGUUUAUGGUACAGUUCAAAAGACGAUGGAUGUGUUUGGCCGAAGGAUUCAGAUUGUAAAGCAGGCCAUCUGUAUACAUCGUCAACGUCCCCAAGUGUUAGUGAGGGUAAUUAUACAACAGCACCAAGUCGCCGUCCCGGUACUGUUUAUCCAAUAAUUGAAUGUCCGAAAGGCGUGUCAAAAUAUUUCGAAGAUCCGUAUGAUUGUACAGCAUAUCAUUUUUGCAAUGGCGGUAGAGAUACUGUUAUGUUAUGUGAACCCGGACUGUACUAUCAUAAAGGUCAUAAUACGUGUGAUUGGAGAAAAAAUGUUCCGGAAUGCGAAAAUCGAUGCCCAACAAACGGACAACGAAUGCGAUUUGUCGAUCCUUCAAGUUGUUGUCAGUAUUUUGAAUGUAUUACCGGUCAACUGAAAGAACAAAUUUGUCCACCUUAUAAACUAUUUUCAACAUUAUCGAAAAGCUGUGAAAGUCAUCAAGUUGUUCAAUGCGGAACCCGUAAAGAGUGUAUCGUACCUUGUGAUUACGAUCAUAGUCCGUUGUGUGCAUUCAAACCAGCAUGUAAAGAUUUAUUAGAUGGUCAUUAUAUCGACAAAUAUCGUCCAUCGUGUCAAUUUCAUUAUACAUGCUUAGAUAAACGUACACAUAAUUAUACAGCAUGUGAACAUGGUUAUCGCUUUAGUGAAGAUAAAAAACAAUGUCUUUUAGCAAAACAUGUUAAAUGUGCAGGUAUUAUGCACAAAUACAUAAUGACUGCUCGAGAUCAAAUACGAGCUAUGCUCGAUCAAUUGAUGGGAUCACAAGAUGGAUCUUCCAAGGCCAAUAUUCCGUUCGAUGAUCCACGAGUGUGUCGUUCAUUUCUUCUUGGUUGUUGUCCACAUGAAAUUUUGUCUGGGACAGCACUUGAUGUUUUAAAUCAGUUUGUCGUUGAUUGCGAUCGGAAAACUGAACAUGCCAAACGAAAAUUGCGCGAAACACAAGAAGAACUUGGUGAAGAAGCUGCUCGAAAAAUGAAUGCCAUUCAUGAACUUGGUGAAUUAGUUGGCACAAAAUUAGCAAAGGCUGAAGAAUUAGGUGCACAAGGUCUCGUUGAUGAAUCAAUGAAAUUAUUGGAUGAAGUUGAACAAUUAAAACGUCAAAAAUCCGACGCUGAGCAUGAAUUUCGUUCAACAAUGCCUGCUUCAACCUAUCAACAACAAAAGCUUCGUGUAUGUGAAGUGUGUUCUGCUUAUUUGGGCAUCCAUGAUAAUGACAGACGUUUGGCUGAUCAUUUUGGAGGGAAAUUGCACCUAGGUUUUAUACAAAUACGUGAGAAAUUAACGGAUUUGAAAAAACGUGUUAGUGAAUGGAAAGAUAAACGAGAUUUAGAGCGCAAACCACGAAGGAGUUUCACUCGUACAACUAGCAUACGAAAUCGUGCCGAUCAACGAGUAGAUCGCGGUGGUGGUGGUGGUGGCGGUUUCGCACGUGACGACUAUCGUUCGAGCAAUAGAUCUGAUAAUGCCAAUGGACGAACGAAACAACGAACAAAAAGCCGAAGUAGAUCAAAAAAACGUUCGAGUCGUGAUAGGCGACGAUCACGUUCAAGGUCGGAUUCAGGAUCACGACGUUCAUCUAAACGAUCUAAACAUUCGAAGUCAUCAUCACACCGUCGUCAUAAACGUUCUCGAUCUCGUUCACAAUCGCGACAUCGUCGUAGCAAAUCUCGAUCUCAUUCGAAAAAACAUUCUUCGUCACACCAUCGACAUAAACAUGAUAAACGUCGUAGUUCAAACUAUUCUUCGUCCCCUGUGACUCACAAUGGUCGUGAACAGCAAGAACGUAGCGGAAGUCAUGCAAGUGGCGAGAAGCAAAUGAAAGAUAGAGAAGAAGGCGAAGAAGAUCAACAGAAUGAGGAGAGAAAAUUGACGAAAUUAUUAGAAAAGUAUGAAGGUGAUCUUGCGGGCGAUAAUCAACCACACAAACGAUCAGAAGUUGUACAAGAAGACGAUGAUAACAAUAUAACAGAUUAA